CUUGACCAACAUGUAGUCUUCAACUCAACUUGAGCUCCGCUCCGUUUUAGUUCCACGUUCAGCCUGCAAUACCGAACACUUGGCAACAAUGGCGGAAGUACCAGUAGUCAUCGGUGUGGGCGACGUUAAGAACCGCAACAUCAACAACGUGAAAGAGCCGGCAACGCUUAUGCUCGAAGCCAUCGGCAUCGCCCUCAAAGAUGCUUCGUCAAGCUCUACAUCGGAUCUGAAGUCCGAAAUAGACAGCAUAGAUGUCGUGAAGACAUGGACAUGGCCAUACCCCGACCUGCCUGGCUUAUUGUCUGAAAAGCUAGGCGUCCAGGACAGUGUCAAGUGGAAGAGGUAUUCCGAGCACGGCGGCAAUCAGCCAGGAAAGCUCUUCGACGAAGCUGCGAAACGAAUCGCGAAAGGAGAGUGCAAAGUCGCGGUCAUUACGGGUGGUGAAGCUCUAGCAUCACUAUCUGCGUGUGCGGCAGCUAAAAAGCUCCCUCCACCAGGGUGGACAACGCCUUCCUCGGCUGUGGAUUCCGUCUUCACGCCCACCGGCCGAGACCUAGGAAACAACCUCGGCGCCAUCCACAAGAUCGGUGCGCCCAUUCAUGUUUACCCCUUGUAUGAAAACGCAUUUCGCGCACACCGAGGCCAAAGUCUGAAAGCCAAUAACGAAGAGAGUGCAAAGCUGUACGCUGAGUUCAGCAAAGUCGCUUCCACCCAAGAGUUCGCCUGGAGUCAAGGCAAAAGCAAUGACGAAAAGACAAUCGGUACAGUGAGUGAGAAAAACAGGAUGAUAUGCUACCCAUAUCCCCUCCUCAUGAAUGCAUUCAACACCGUCAACCUCGCCUCCGCCAUCAUCCUAACCUCCGUCUCCCACGCCAAACACCUCUCCAUCCCGCAGUCAUCUUGGAUCUACCCCCUCGGCGGCGCCGGCACCUCCGACUCAUCCGAAUUCUGGCACCGACCAAAUUUCCACAGUUCCCCCUCGAUAGAACGAUCUCUCUCCACUGCCCUAGAUGUCUCCAAGACUUCUGCGUCCGAGCUCGAUUUCAUUGACAUAUACUCCUGCUUCCCCAUCGUCCCCAAACUCGCCGCCACCGCGCUCUCCCUCCCAAUAGUUGGGGGCCCGAAACCGCUCACGCUGCUCGGAGGGCUGACGAGUUUCGGCGGUGCAGGGAACAACUAUAGCAUGCACGCGCUGACAGAGAUGACUCGGCAACUACGUUCCGGCAAAGGAAAGAAAGGGCUAGUGUUAUGUAACGGGGGCGUGUUGAGUUAUCAGUACGUCAUUGUUCUUGGAACGGAGCCGAGAGGGAGGAAGUAUCAGGUGGAGGACGCGCUGCCGGAGGUUUUACAUGAUAUCGAGGUGCCGGAGCUGGCAAAGGAGGCGCAGGGGAAGUGUGUUGUUGAGACGUAUACUGUUGAGUUCAAUCGUGAUGGGAGUCCGUUGCGCGGUCAUGUUGUUGGACGGCUGAAGAGCGAUAAUAAGCGGUUUCUUGCGAAUCAUGGGGAUGAGAGUACGCUGGGGCAGAUGGCGGAGGGGGCAGGAGAAAUUGUGGGAAAGUCCGGGUGGGUUUGGCAAGAUAAGAAGACGAAAGGGAAAGGGUUGUUCGCUUUUGACAAGCCAGCAAGGUUAUAG